GGACACAUUAUCGGUGUUUUGUUCAUGUCACUGGUUUCUUAACAAAAAUUGGGCAAUUUGAGGCUUGGGAAAAAUGGAGAGUGGCCAGCCAAUGUUCGUUAAGGAUAUUAAGAAUGGCAGCAAGGACAUAUCUUUAACAUUUAUUAUUCUAGAGAUCGGUAAACCUAAUAAGACGAAAGAUGGUCAUGAAGUUCGUUCAUUCAAAGUUGCUGAUAAAACUGGCGUUAUUAACUUAAGUGUCUGGGAUCAAUAUGGAGAGUUAUUACAAACAGGUGACAUUUGCAGACUAGUCAGAGGAUAUGCAUCAUAUUUCAAAGGGGCAUUAACAUUAUAUCAUGGAAAGCAAGGCUAUAUUAUAAAAGUAGGAGAAUUUAACAUGAUUUUUUCGGAGACUCCGAAUAUGUCUGAAGUUAACCCGGAAGAGCAAAUAAAAUUAGAACAAAACUCAAAAAUGAAAUCUAAUGAUAACAAAAAUGGAAAUUCUCAGAGACCUAUGCUUAUGGCUCCAAAUGAUCCUCGAAAUGCAAGAAUGCAAGGUGUUCUACAGAAUCCUGUGAGAGGACCUGGAGGUGGAAAUGUUAGACUUGCCCGACCACAAAUGAGAGAUAUGAAGAGAUAAUUUGUUUUAAUUAACUCAAUUGUUUAAUUUCUGAUUUUAAAAAAGUUAUAGUUUGUUGAUAAUAAAUUAAAUAGGAAUUUCCCUGUGUACCACACAAAUAAAA